UUCAACAUGCUUUGGGUCUUCGAUAUGAUUUCCAUUUGUUGUUGUCUGUUCAAUGCUCACUGAAAAAAAUUACUUUACAGGCUAUUGAUGACAUUAUUUGAACAACAUUGGGUCCUCGAUCCAUGUUGAAAAUACUCCUUGAUGCUGCUGGAGGUAUUGUCGUUACUAAUGAUGGAAAUUCCAACCUACGUGAGUUAGAUAUAGCACACCCAGCAGCAAUGGCAUGAUAUUCCACCAUGCAUCUCUAUUUGAUUUGCUUUUAGCAUGUGAAUGCCUCCCCCACCCCCACCCCACAAAAAAAAAAAAUUGUCUUAUUUUCUUUCAGUCUUAUCUUUUUUGUUGGUCAUGGCGGUCAAUGAUUGAAUUCAGCCAUACGCAAGAUGAAGAAAUUGGAGAUGGAACGACAUCUGUCAUUGUUCUUGCAUACAAUAAGGCUUUGGAGGAUGCUAUUGCUGUGCUUGACAAGAUUGCAAUGACUAUUGAUGUGAAACACCGUUCAAUGGUGUUGGGACUUGUGAAGAGCUGUAUAGGAACAAAGUUCACUAGCCAAUUUGGGGAUCUGAUUGCCGUGAGUGUUCUUUUUAAUCAAAACUUGUUUUUAUGUGAACUUUUAUUAUAGAUUCAUUAGCUUAUGCCAUUGAACUGGCAUGGUAGUUACCUUUACUGUUUUUCCUUUUUGCAAAUGACAUGUUAGAACAUAGAAUAGUCAUCUGACCAUUUGAGCAUUUGAUUGUUUGGCAGUUUGCUCAUAUUUGAAUAUGAAUAGAACUGGUUCCUCAUCUUUAGUUUCAAAUAAU